AUGGCACAAGACUGCGAUAACUCUUUCUAUCCAUUGGCGUGGACUAUAGUUGAUAAGGAGACCACUAGUACAUGGACAUGGUUCUUAGAGUUGUUGGAGAAGUCAUUGAAUUUGAAGAAUGGUGAUAGCAUCACAUUUAUGUCUGACAUGCAGAAGUGGAAAAUGUCUUUCCAUUAUCAAACCAUAGAGGAAGCUGCUAAAGAUUUGGUCAAGUUUCCACCACAAAAAUGGUGCAGAACAUAUUUUGAUACCGUGUGCAAAAAUCAGAUGGUAGAUAAUAAUUUCACUGAAUCCUUCAACUCUAGGAUCUUGGUACCUAGAGGCAAGCCUUUCUUGAAGAUGCUUGAAGAGAUUAGCGUCAAAAUAAUGAACAGGUUGAGAAAGAAGGAAAAAGAGGCAGAAACAUGGAACAUUCAUUACAAACACAGUCCUAAGUGUAUGGAAUUGUUCAUUGCCUACAGUAAGAUUGACAACUUAUGCAAGCUUGAGUUUAAUGGGGACCUUGGGUUUGAAGUGUCUGAGGGUGAAGAUAGGCACAUAGUGAAUAUUUUGACUGGCAUCCCAUGCCCUCAUGCCAUCAAGGCAUUGCGCUACAAAAUUAUUGAGCCUCAAGAUGAAAUAAGUUGGUGGUACGCUAAAGAAGCCUAUCUUAAAACAUACUGGGCCAAGUUGUUGCCUAUGAGAGGUGAACAGUUCCGGCAAGUAUUGCCAGAACAUGCCAUGGACCCAUCUGAUCUUGUGAAAACAGUUGGAAGGCCAAAAGUUAAAAGAGAUAGAGAAAAAAAUGCAGCAAUCAAAAGAGCUGGAGAGUGGUCUCACUCAAGAAAAGGAACUAAGAUGACAUGUAGCAAGUGUGGUUCACAAGCUCACAAUGCAAGGUCUUGCAAGGCUAGUAAGGAAGGCAAUAUUUCAAUUCUUAAGAGGAAGAGGGGCAGAACUGAAGGAGUAGAACAAGAUGGAGAAGUCUUUGAUGUCAAUAGUUCAGCCCCUCAACUAUCUCAAGAAGGAUUUGAAAGUGACAUAUCUGCACCAAGACAGAGACAUUAUGAACCUUUUGGUCCUACUAGAGAACUGAAAGUGAUCCUGUUUUAA